AUGAUGAAAAAUGAAGGACCAUCAAUGUUUAUUUCAUCUUUAACGCAAAUAACGUGUUUUGCUAUUGGUAGUCUAGCAAAUUUUCCAGCAGUUCGUUCAUUUGCUAUUUUUGCAGCAGUUUCUUUAACAUUUCUGUUUAUAUUUCAAAUAACAGCUGUCGUGGGAAUCUUAUCACUUGAUUACAAACGGUAUAUUAAGAGUCGUUUUGAUAUAUUUUGUUGUGUUCAAAAGAAAAUUAUUAACGACGAUGAACCAUUACAUUCUGAAAUCCCGUACGAGAGCGUUACCCAAAAGUUGAUGGAGCCUUACGCAAAUUUUUUACUAAAAUGGCGUGUAAAGGUAUUUGUUGUUAUAAUUUUUCUUCUGUUCCUAUGUGUAUGUGUCGUACUAAUUCCACAAAUUGAAGUGGGGCUUGAUCAGAACCUUGCAUUGCCUGAAGAUUCCUACGUUUAUAAAUACCUAAACGCUGUGAAUAAUUUAUUACCCUUGGGUCCACCGGUGUUUUUUGUUUUGAAGAGUGGUUUAAACUUCUCUAACCCUGAGCAUCAGAAUGUUAUUUGUGGAGGUCAGCUAUGUAAUGACGAUUCUUUAACUAUGCAGAUAUUUUUAGCCGUACAACAAGAAGAGAUUACAUAUAUGAGAAGAAUAUCAAACUCAUGGCUUGACGACUUCUUUGAUUGGGCUAGUACACCCAAUGUGUGUUGUAAAUACAAUACUACUGAUGGUGGUUUUUGUCCAAGUAUUUCCUCUGAACCUGAAUGUGACUAUUGUACUAUUGCAAGGAGUGUUUAUGCAAAUGGUUUGAGACCCGCCGAAGAUGCUUUUGACCGUUACAUUCCUUUCUUCUUGCAAGAUGCUCCAUCUAAUACUUGCAAUAAAGGUGGUUUAGCUAGCUACUACUCUAAUCUCAACUAUGUUUUAGAUUCUGAGGGUCGUGCGACCGUUCAUGACUCUAACUUCAUGGCGUAUCAUUCUUCACUGAAAACCUCUCACGAUUACAUUUCCGCAGUUAAAUAUGCGUAUGAAAUUAGUGAAAAUAUAACAGCUGCUAUUCAAAGUCGUACUGGCUUAGACGUUGAGGUAUUUGCUUAUUCUGUAUUCUAUGUAUACUUCUCCCAAUAUUUGACCGUAUGGUAUGAUACUUUUAUUUCGUUGUUAUAUUGUCUUAUAGGAGCUUUCGUAAUAAAUCUCAUAGCAACUGGGUUUAACAUUUUGACUACUCUAGCGAUGAUGUUUACAGUUGUAAUGGUAGUUGUUGAUAUGAUGGGUAUAAUGUAUAUAUGGAAUAUUCAACUAAAUGCCGUGUCUUGUACUAAUUUGAUUGUAGCAAUAGGUAUUACUGUGGAAUAUUGCACUCAUCUAGCGUAUGCUUACAACACUAGUCAGAAACCACCAUCAGAAAGAGUAGAAGAUGCAAUUAUAAAAGUCGGUGCUACGAUUAUUACUGGAAUAACAUUUACGAAUAUUCCUAUAAUUGUCUUAGCUUUUUCGUACACUCAACUCAUUGAGAUAUUUUUCUUUAGAAUGCUGUUUAGUAUAGUAGUUCUUGGUUUUCUUCACGGUUUCAUAUUCUUCCCUGUUCUGUUAAGUUACAUAAAUAAUUUAAAGUAUAAAAUAUAA